GUUAGCGGUCCUCCCCUACCAACGGUCGGUGACGCGGUGGUCCCCGCGGCCGCAGUCUCCCUGGGUCGCAGUCCGCGUGACCCGGCCCCCGUUUGCGCGCUCGCCCCCUUCGCCGGCGCAGUCACCGCGCGGGGCGGCCGCCCGUGAGGUAGCUACCACGGCUUGUGACAACGAAUAAAGCUCCGGACAGCGGCGCCCUCGGCGACAGCUGGGCGGGCGGCCCCGACCGGGAGCCGCGGCCUGUGCGCUACCGUGAGGAGCGAGCGGCGGAGGCGACCUCCGGCCCGGCCGCGCACCAGCCGCCCGGCAGGCGCGACAUGAGCCUGGCCUGGCAUCCGCGGGAUGCUCCUUGAGCCCCUUCUCCGGCUGUUACCUCCGGGGGACGGUUGUGGCCACACCGACACGUAUUUUCCAAAUAAAUCAUUGUUUAUUCUUGCGGCGGCGGGGCCGAACACGCUUAUUUAUUAAUUUUUUCAACAAGGCUUUACCCAACGCUCAUCCAGUGAAAAGCUUGGUAACCGUUCCAAGGGAGCAUCCGCUCGUUAGGAAAUCUCGGACUGAGCUGCUCGUGGAAGCCGGCAUUUGCAACGUCCCUCCUCAAAUGCUCUGAAGAUUGUUGCGUCUUCCCGUAACUACCAGUGUGCACAGAAUCCCACUCAAGGAACGUCUUCGUCCAGCGAUGCAAAGAACUGACGUUUCAAGGUUUUAUUUCUAUUGCCUGAUGGCCGGGAUUUCCCCACAACGACCCGGAGCCGCUCAGUAGUCCCGAAAGUGGGUCCCCCUAGUGCGAGCCCUCCUCUCUUCUCUUCCAGCCUGGCCAAGUGCUUUUGUUGAAUAAGAAGCCAUCAAGUGCCAUGACUUCUGCAAGUGCAACUCAUGGGUCGGAAGAGGAGAUGGAGCAAACACAAAGAGAGGAAGGGUGGUCUAGUCGUAGUUUUCUGAACAGCCUUAGCAGUUGUAUCCAAGGAGAACAGUGGACAGCCCCUGCAGAUGUUCACGCUUCCCAGCUGUGCUCUGAGGACAUGGGUGCUGGAGUGUCUGUCCCUGGAGUGACCCGAUUCACUCAGCUCUCCUCCGAAGAAAUGCUGUCCUUCCCCCUCCCUUGACUAGACACAGUCCUUCCUUCAUGGGAGUGGAUUUUAUGUCUUUUUCAAUCGUCUCUUCCCUUUCCGGGAUUUCCCCGUUAGCCAGUGAACGCUAAAUUUGCGGUCUGCUGACAUUGGUGGGGGGGGGGAGGCAGGGUGUCGUCUCCACUUUGGGACAUUUUGCUCUUGGCUCAGAUCUAGGACAAAGGUUGGGAACAGACCAAACCUCAAUGGCCAGCCGAGCCUGAUGACAAGGGGUGAUGUGUCAGUGUUCUCUCUUGUCUCCCACUAGAGGGAGUUCUUGCUUCAGGCAGCCAAAAUCCCAGGGACUCCUUUUCCUGGGAAAGAGCUACCUUCUCUAAGCCCUUACCUGGUAGAAUUAAGGCUCCUAUACUUGGAAGCAAAAUGAGCCUCUUUAUCCUGAGUGCUACCUCGUGCGUUUAGUAGGCACGAAGAAAACGAAGACCCGUUUAGUCAGGUCAGGCAGUGGUUCCAAUUCUUAACUCUGCUGAGUAUAAGCAGUAACUCUCAUCUUGGGCAAGUGCCUCUUUGUGACCUCUCUGUGCCUCAGUCUCCUCAUCUUGAAAAUGGGGAGAGCAGUGGUACCUCCUGCACUGCGUUUUUGUGAGUUAACACAGAUGAAAUGCCUAGAGCAGUUCUGAUGCAAUUUAAUAUUUAUUGGCUACUACUGGAGUUGAUAGUGGGUGGGUCCGUUUUAUUGUCACAUGGGUUGGACUUUGACCCCGUGGAACCAAAUGUAGAAUUAAAUUGCUGACCAAGCCCUGUUUGUAUUUAUAGCUGGAAGAACCUGUAUUGUCCUCAAAAUAGUAUAGAAGAAUUCAAGUUAGGAGAGAGAGGCAGCAGCGAAUGAAGACUAUAAAAGAAAAGAAGAAGGAACGUCAAAGAUUGAGAAAAUCUGCCAAGACAAGGAGGGUAACCCAAAGGAAGCCGUCUUCAGGGCCUGUUUGCCGGCUAUGCCUUCAAGAACCUGGGGAUCCCGAAAAACUGGGGGAAUUUCUUCAGAAAGACAAUCUCAGCGUGCAUUAUUUUUGUCUUAUCCUAUCUAGCAAGCUGCCUCAGAGGGGCCAGUCCAACAGAGGUUUCCAUGGAUUCCUGCCUGAAGACAUCAAAAAGGAGGCAGCCCGGGCUUCUAGGAAGAUCUGCUUUGUGUGCAAGAAAAAGGGAGCUGCCAUCAACUGCCAGAAGGAUCAAUGCGUCAGAAACUUCCAUCUUCCUUGUGGCCAAGAAAGGGGUUGCCUUUCACAAUUUUUUGGAGAGUACAAAUCAUUUUGUGGAAAACAUCGCCCAACACAGGACAUCCAACGGGGGAAGGCAGGGGAGGAAAGCUGUGUCUUGUGUUGUGAAGACUUAUCCCAAGCAAGUGUCGAAAACAUCCAGAGUCCGUGUUGUAGUCAAACUAUCUACCACCGCAAGUGCAUACAGAAAUAUGCGCACACAUCAGCCAAACACUUCUUCAAAUGUCCACAGUGUAACAAUCGAGAAGAGUUUCCUCAAGAAAUGCUAAGAAUGGGAAUUCAUAUUCCAGACAGAGAUGCUGCCUGGGAACUCGAGCCAGGGGCUUUCUCGGAGUUGUAUCAGCGCUAUCAACAUUGUGAUGCCCCCAUCUGUCUGUAUGAAAAAGGCAGAGACAGCUUUGAGGAAGAAGGGAGGUGGCGCCUCAUUCUGUGUGCGACAUGCGGGUCCCACGGAACCCACAGGGACUGCUCCUCUCUUAGAUCCAACAGUAAGAAGUGGGAAUGUGAGGAGUGUGCACCUUCUGCUGAAGCCGCAGGACCCCAUCCAGGAGACCACAUUGCAUUGAGUCGCCCUUAGGUUCCUCUUGGCUGUAACAGUUUGUCAGAUUUUCCUUGUUCUUGAUGACCUUGGCAGUUCUGAGGAGUACUGGUCAGGUAUUUGAGAGCCCUCAGUUGGGAUUUGUCUGAUGUUUCUCUCACAAUUAGACUAGGGUUAUGGGCCUGGGGGAGGGAAACCACACAGGGAAAAUGCUGUCAUCACAUCAGAUCCAAGUGACAAUCUAUCAACACGUCUUCCACUGUUGAUGGUGAACUAGAUCGUCUGAUGAGGAGUGUUUGUCAGGUUUCUCCAGCGUAAAGUUACUUCUUUCCCCCACUUUCCAGACUGUGCCUUUUGGAAGGAAGUUACUCUGGGUAGCCCAUGAUGAAUGAGUGGGGAUUGAUGCCCCCUCCGUCCUUGAGGACAGAAUAUCUACAUUAUUUGGAAUUAUUCUGCAUGGGAGAUUUACCUGUUCUCUCCCACUUAUUUAUUCAGUCACGUGUUUAUGUCAGUCUAGACAUAGGGAUAUGCAUAGUGUAUUCUGGGUUAUAACCCGAUACUGCUUGAUUUAUUUUGUUGCUCAAAUUAUUCCAGCUCUGGCCUCUUGGGAGCGCCUGAGUCCUUUUCACAUACCCCCGUUGCUGUGUGUUUUGUUCUGUUGGUUUUGGGGGAUUUUUGAGCCCUUCUUUAUUGUUUGGCCCUACAAGAUGCUCCAGGCUCCGCUUGUAUGAUUUAAAUAUAUGUUUUGACAAACAUAUCUGUCUGUUAGAAUUAAUUACUGUUUUAUAACUUAGGACCUAGAACAAAUAGUUCACUUGGGGAGGGUAGAAAUAGAUGUUAAAUAAAAAUUCCCCAAAA